AUGCCUGCGCCUCCGAAACAGCGCAAGAUUGCAAUUGUCGGCAGCCGCUCUGUCGGCAAAUCCUCCCUCACCGUCCAAUUCGUAGACGGCCACUUCGUCGAGAGCUACUAUCCCACCAUCGAGAACACGUUUAGCAAGGUUAUCCGCUACAAGAGCCAGGACUAUGCCUGCGAGAUCAUCGACACGGCCGGCCAGGAUGAGUACAGCAUCCUGAACUCGAAGCAUUUCAUCGGCAUCCACGGCUACAUGAUUGUCUAUUCGGUCGCUUCCAAGCAGACGUUCGAGAUGGCCCGCAUCAUCCGCGACAAGAUCCUCAACCACCUGGGCACGGAAUGGGUUCCGCUAGUCAUUGUCGGCAACAAAAGCGACUUGCGCCCGGAACAGCGCCAGGUCACGGCCGAGCAGGGCAAGGCGCUUGCCGAGGAGUUCAAGUGCGCGUGGACCGAGGCCAGCGCGCGCUACAACGAGAACGUGUCCAGAGCGUUUGACCACAUGAUCGGCGAGAUCGAGAAGAGCCAAAACCCCGGCGAGGCACCCGCCGGCGGCAAGUGCACAGUGAUAGGCGUUGGGAGGACAGGGAUUGGGGACAUCUGGUCUUUUGCGUGGAUAGUUCAACAUUGGCUAGAACGGCGACUUUCAGCUCCAUCCUGGCUUCGAGAACUUCAGCGUCGCAACUCGCAAGCCACCGUCCGCACUGUCGGAGUCGCCUUGUCUCACCUCGACGCCGUCCAGGUCGGUGGAAAAGGGCUGGAAAAGGGCUGGAACAUGGCGACUCACCCGCCUUCACACCCUGCAUCCCAUUCAACCGCCAUGCACCCGUUCUGCCGGCCAAACGAUUUUCCCGGCAAAGCGCUCGCAUCGCGGAAGAAGCAUUGUCAGCAACCACUCGCCAUGUUCACUACACGAGCUGCUGCGCCGCUCAGGCUGGCGCGUCACGCAACCAUCAGGCCAUUCAGCACCUCGCGCCCGCUCGCCCGCCUGGACCUCUCCUACGACUUGCACGAGCCGCCCAAGUCGCAAGGGUCCUCGACGACUGUCUCUGAAAAUGCUCCGAUUAUUAUUCUGCACGGCUUGUUCGGCUCCAAGAGAAAUAACAGGAGCAUAAGUAAGCAGCUGUCCCGCGAUUUGAACCGCCCCAUCUACGCCGUCGACCUGCGCAACCAUGGCGACUCGCCGCAUGACCCCCGCCACGACUACACGGCGCUUGCAGAGGACAUGGAGGGCUUCAUCGAGCACCACCGGCUGAGCGGCUCCACGCUGAUCGGGCACUCGAUGGGCGCGAAGACUGUCAUGGCCGUGGCCCUGCGCCGGCCGGAGCUGGUCCGCGACCUGAUCCCGGUGGACAACGCACCCGUAGAUGCGGCGCUCAAGAGCGACUUUGCGCAGUACAUGAAGGGCAUGAAGAAGGUGGACGCCGCCCGGCCCAAGAAGCAGAGCGACGCCGACGCCAUUUUGAAGCCGUUUGUUGAGGACAUUGGAGUGCGCAUGUUCCUGCUGUCGAACCUGGUGCGCGCCCCGGGCAACGACCACCUGCAGUUCAAGAUUCCCGUCGGCUACCUCGCCAACGCGCUCGACAACAUGGCCGAUUUCCCCUUCACCAACCCCGACGAGACGCGCUUCAGCAAGCCGACGCUGUUUAUCCGCGGCACCAAGAGCCACUACGUCCCCGACGAGACCAUCCCCAUCAUCGGCAGGUUCUUCCCGCUGUUCAAGAUGAAGGACGUGGAAUCCGGCCAUUGGGUCGUUUCUGAGAACCCUGAGGGUUUCAGGCAAGCUGUCCUCGAGUUCCUGCAGGAUCAAGAGUAA